UCGGCUCUUGGACAUGGGUGAUGUUCUUUGUACCUGGUUUCGAAUGUCCGUCCAGUUUUUCCUAUGUAAAAGCUCGGGCAACUAGCACAUUUUAAUUUUGUAUACACCUGACUUCUCACUUUUGUCAACAGAGGUUCUUUGUCUAACACCGUCAUAUGAGUUAGCCAUACAAAUCGUCAUAUGAGUUAGCCAUACAAAUCGGCAAUGUUGCUACAAAAAUGUCUAAAGAAUGCAAUGACAUCAGGAUUCGCUUUGCAGUUAGAGGGGAAAAAGUGGAAAGAAGUGCACGGUUAACUGACCACGUCAUCAUUGGAACGCCUGGAAAAGUGGUCAACUGGGCACUAAAAUUCAAAUUUUUUGACCUGAGACGAAUCAGAGUAUUCGUUCUUGAUGAGGCGGAUACGAUGAUUGGAUGUGUAAUUAAUGAGUCGCUUUUACGCCCAGGGUCACCAUUAUCAAACCUUCUGCAAUAAGAGAAUUGCCUAAGGAGUGUCAGAUGAUGUUUUUCUCCACGACUUACAAUGAUUCUGUAAUGGAUUUCGCUGAAGCCAUCGUCUACAAUCCUGUCCUAAUAAGACUACGGCGAGAAGAAGAAUCCUUAGACAACAUCGAACAAUACUAUGUAGUUUGUUCAAACCAUGGGGAACAAUACAUGGCGAUAUCUAACAUUUACGGACUCGUGACGAUUGGCCAAACAAUUAUAUUCUGUUGUAAGAGGCGCACAGCUAGUCGGCUAGCAGAGAAGAUGACUAAGAACAGACACACGGUGGCGCUACUGACGGGAGAACUACCAGUUAGUCAGAGGCUCAUGACAUUGAACCGCUUCAGGGAGGGAAAGGAUAGAGUACUCAUUACCACCGAUGUUCUUGCCAGAGGUAUUGACUUUGAAAGUGCGAAUCUCGUGGUAAACUAUGAGCUUCCUUUGAUGUACAACAUUCAUAGGAACCAGAAAUACCACGCCGAUUGUGAGACAUAUCUGCACAGGAUAGGGCGGACAGGGAGGUUAGGCAAGGAGGGGAUCGCCGUCAACUUGAUACACUGUUCUCAGGCAUUUAAGACACUGAGACAAAUCAAGGAGCAUUUUGGCAAAGAAAUAGAACGCCUUGAAAUCGACGACUUGGCCAGUGAAUUGAAUUUGAAGACGGAAGACAUCCAAUGUUUUAAAGCUCCCAUUUUACUAAGAUAGGCUACUAAACUCAAACAUAAAUUUUAACUGCAGUAACUUGUAUGAGCAAGUGUAGCCUUACUCAGCAUUAGACUUUUAAUUAGGGUUGAGUCAGGACACUCCUCUUUUUUAAGAAUAAUUCCCUUUUGUGUUUGUCAAGUUUUUUUACCUUGAUG